AUGUGGGUAUUGGAGAGCAAUUCAGAUGAAUUGAAUGGUGUUCGUCGAUAUUUAAGACCAGGGAAGGAGUAUCUUGUUGGGCGUGCAAAAUAUAUUACGGAUAUUACGAUUGAAUCGAAAACAGUGAGUAAAAUACAUGCCAAAUUUGUUGUAGGAAAUGUGGAAAAAGGAUCAUCUUUGCUUUUGGAUGAAAAAAUACCAAUAUAUGUUGUUGAUCUUGGUUCUAAGUUUGGAACAACCAUAGAUAAUGUACAAUUGAUGAAUGCAUCUAAGAAAUGUGACCAAGGUUCCCAAGAGAUUAUAUUUGCAAAAUGCCAAGGAAAAUUCAGAUUAUUCUGGAAUCCUGUUGUUUUUACUUUGUCUGGAAUAAAAUUAAAAGAUAUUCAGCCACUGGUAGAAGUUUAUGGCAUUAAAAUUUCAAAAAAGUAUUCUGAAAAAACAACACAUGUUAUUUCCAAGCAGAGAAAUACUGCUAAAAAUCUUCAAGCUUUAAUUUAUGGUGUAUUUGUAGUAACUACUUCUUAUGUAAACGAACUUAUAGAAACAAUAAGCCUUAUAGAACUCGAUUUUGAUCAUGGAUUCCCUAAUCCUCAAAAACAUAUUCCCCCAGAUAAUAUAUAUUCAACUAUUGAUGCAUGUUCAGAGGACUUUAUGCCUAAUAAUAAGCGGAAGUAUUUAUUUCAGGGAUUAACUUUUAUUUUUUUUGAUGAGAAACAAUAUUUUAAUUUAUCUCCUCCAGUAAAUUCUGCUAGUGGAAAAGCUGUUUUUUGUAAAAAUACGUCUAAUGUUGAACAAAUCAUUCUAUUUAUGCAAAAUCAUUCUAAUGCAAUUGCUGUAUUACCACUUAAAGAUUCCUAUUAUAUUAAUAUAGCAUCUAAAAGAACUAAAAUAAAUUUAAUAAAUCAAGAUGAUUUCUUGGAGCCUAUAUUAAAGUUGGAUCUUUCUUUAUUCAAGAAAAAUUCUUAUGAAGACUAUGAUUCAAUUUAUAUGAAUAAUUUUACAUGUGAAAAAAGUAGUGUUUCAGAAUGUCAUAAACAAUUAUUAAAUAAUAAAAAAUACAAUUGUGAAUCUUCUCCUAGAUUUGGAUUAGAACUAAAUAACGAAAAUAUCUGUCAAGUUUCUAAGAAAUGCGAUUUAAAUAAUGUUUUAAGUGAUAAUGUUGAUAAUAAUUGUGAUAUUAAAUCAUUGGAAAUUAUAAAUGAUGUUGAUAAAAACACUGUUUUACAAAAAUUUUCAAAUUUUAAUAGGUUUAUAACAGAUGACAAAAUGAUUCAUCAAGUGUCUGAUAAUAAGUCAUGUUUUAUUUCUACUAAUACUGAUAUAAAAACGAACCACGCGCUUAAUAAUCAUACAGAUUUUGUUCAAAAUACUCUAUUUUCACCAAAUAAAUUGAAUACUAUGCAUCAUAUAAAUGGAAUGGGUUUUCAAAAUGCAGAAGAUUUUUCAGAAAAAUUGUCUUUAAAUGAAAAAGUUUUAAAUAGGAAUAUGCACGAAACUAAAUCCUAUAAUCAUUUGAAUUUAAAUUCAUUUUUUGCAUCUGAUAUUAAAAAUUCUCAAGUUUUUUUAACUCCUGUUUCGCAAAAAAAUGAGAUAAUAUUGUCUCAAUAUAAAGAAAAUGAAUUAAUAGAUGAUCAUUGUCUUUCUAAUCUUUAUGAAAAAGGAGAAAAUUCAAAAGCUGUUGAAUAUUCUAAAUUAGAAUUGAAUUUACAAAAACCUUCUAUAGAUAUUUCUUCUCGUUGGGAUCCUAAAUGGAAUGGAAGAAAAAAUUUUAAAAAAUUUAGAAGAGCUCAAAGAACACAACCAACAUACACUCAGCAUGUUCGUCUUAUAGAGUAUAAGCCUGAAAGUAUGCGGUUUAUUUCAGAACCUAAUAAACAAAAGAAUAAUAAACAAAUAUUUAAAACAAAUAUUAAUAAUAAUGGUUUGAGUAUUUCAGAAAAUGAUUUAAAUAGAGAUAAAAUUAAAGUAUUUUCAAAAAAUAUUGAAAAUUAUUUCGAUAUCAGUCAAGAUAACAGUGAUGAUGAUCCCUUAAAAUUUAGAUUAUAA